AUGUCCCGCGCACUCGCCCGGCAGCCCAAGAUGCCCUCGACGGCCUCCUCCGCCUCCUCCACCGACUGCAGCCUCUCGGAAUCCAAGCGCAACGAGAUGAGCUACGAGGAGCGCCAGGCCGCCUACCUCGAGGCCCGCAACCGCAUCUUCGCCGCCACCGCUUCCUCCGCCGAGACCAGCACGACGGGCGAAAGCACCGCCGGGUCCACCACCUCCUCCUCCGGACAACUCAAGAAAAACAAGACGGCCGACAGCAAGCUGCUCGCCGCCAAGCUCCGGCCCAGCGCGACCAGCUUCGACCCCAGAGCCAAGGCGCACGGAUACGAGGAAGUGACGGUGAUCGAGGUCGACGACCACUCGAUCACCCUGCCCUACCCGUCCGACCCGAGCAGCCCCCCCUCAUCCUCCGACGACGACGCCCUCCGAGACCCCUCCGCCGACCCUGCCUCGUCGUCUUCUUCUUCCUCGACUACUACGGCUCCCAUCGCCGCCGCCGUCGCACACCUCACUCUGGCCUCCCCGGGCCCGCCGGCGUCCCCCGGCCCCCGGCCCGGCCAACACCUGCCCGCUCGCUUCUGCCACCAGCCGCUAACCAACCAUCACCCGUUGCCCGUCAAGCCGCAGUGGACCGACUUCGCGGCAAAUCCGACCGCCUGGGUGCCUCGAACUCAGGAUGCUCAGAUGGCUUAA